CGUAUAAAGCAAACUGACAUUCUGUUUCUAACUUAGUAGAAACUUCAAAGAGAAUUAUUUUAUUUUAUAUUUGCUGAUUUCUCUUUUUUUUCUUUCCCGAUUUGUCGCGUAAUGUCGAAAAUUGUAGGUUCUUACAAAAAUGCACACAGUUUUGAAGAGCGAAAGCGGGAAUCAGAGAAGGUCCACGAGCGAACACCGGAUCGUAUUCCCGUGAUUUGUGAAAAGGCAGAAAACUCACGAAUACCAGAUCUUGACAAGGCAAAGUAUCUAGUUCCUCCCGAUGUGACUGUCGGUGCUUUUCUUGUGAGCAUCCGACGACGCAUUACCAUCGAGCCUGAGAAGUCAAUAUUUCUUUUUGUGGGAGACACCGUCCCGGCCAACGGUACCAUUAUGAGCGACUUGUACAAUGCUUACAAAGAUGAUGAUGGAUUUCUAUACGUCACGUACUCUGCAGAAAAUACAUACGGAUGCCAAUGUUCUUGAUUCUUGAUUUUUUUUUGAACCCAAAGAAUAUAAAUUUAGUCAUCUUUUAUUUAUGGUGACACUCAACUUCAUUCAUAUAUUACUUGAUACAUUUGCUUCUGUAGCCAACCCUUCUUGUAUAUAAAUAAAUCAAUACGUCCAUCACAAAGUAGACCGACUACUUCAUUCUUUUGGUUCAAGUUGUGUAAGUUUGUAUAUUCUGGAGGGCAAUGCUUUUCAGCAACAGGGCU